CAAAAAUGGUGGGAGAUCCGAACCACCUUGAGAGAAUGGGCAGAGAACUCAAGUGCCCCAUUUGCUUGAGCCUUCUGAACUCCGCAGUUUCACUGAAUUGCAACCAUGUUUUCUGCAAUUCUUGUAUUGUGAAAUCGAUGAAAUCGGGUUCCAAUUGCCCGGUCUGUAAAGUUCCGUAUCGUCGUAGAGAAGUUCGCCCUGCUCCUCACAUGGAUAACUUGGUUGGCAUCUACAAGAGUAUGGAGAUUUCUUCAGGAGUGAAUAUAUUUGUAACUCAGAAUGCACCCCCAACUAAAUUAUCAGACGGAAAAGAGCAUGUGGAAGGUUGCAACAUUAAUGACAGACGAGAUUCUGGUCAAAUUUUUGUUGAGAAGCAGGAUUCCUUCAGAGAACUAGGGUCAAGAGAAAAAUGUAACUCCAAUCUGAAAAGUUCGUCUUCUUUUCAAGAAAAACCUUCAUUUCCAGCCAAGAAGAGGGUUCAGGUACCACAUUCACAGUCUGAAGGUGACUUGGGUGCAACUGUUGAUAAGUUAUCUGAAAAGAGCAUAAAAAUUCUAAAGAAGCAUCCUCUUACUGAUGAGAAGGGAGGACCAAGACUUUUGCCUUUCUUUUGGUUGAGAGAUGAAGAAAACAUGGAAAAUUUAAGUCAGGAGACUGAUACAAAUGCAUUCAUUGACAUGCCACUUCCAAAUGCUCCUACUUUCAGUGAUAUCAAGGACUCGGAUGAUGAAAAUACACCUAGAUUGACCCCAGAAGGAAAGGAGCUUGGUAAAUCCUCCAGUGGUGCUGAUAUGUUUGAUAGUGAAAUGUUUGAAUGGACACAAAGAGCUUGCUCCCCUGAACUCUGUUCAAGUCCCUUUAAGAUGCAGGUCUCUGAUACUGAUGAAUUUGAUGUAGCUGAAGGCAAAGCAGUGCCUGAGGGAAAUGUUAUAUCUAUGAAUAUUAGACAAGAUGAUAGAUAUACCGUUGAGUUGCCUGACAUUUCUCCUCGUGGAGCCAUCAAUGCUAAUGAUCAAACAGGUGUUAAGAAAUCUAAGAAAAGAGGUCGGGAGGCAAAGGUUGGAAUCACAUGUCCUUUGAAAAGUGCUAAUCCAGUCCCUGGAACCAAUGUAGACUCAAAUGAGAAAUCUCAAGACAUGUUUAAGACUCGCAAAAGAAGUAAGAAAGUUCAUGCUCCCUGUGGCAGAGCUGAAGCUUCAGAUGAGGGUAACAAAGAUAUGACAAUUGAGUUGCCUGCUUCCUUUGGAAAAAAGAAAAGAUGCAAUGAAGACUUGGCCUUGAAGAAGGAUGGAAAAAACUGCAAUGAGAUUCAUGUCCAGAACCAGACACAGCACGCAGUGAGCACAAAAGAGCAAAGGUCAGAUACUAUGCAAAAUGAUUCUGAAGAAGUAUCUAAAAGGAAAAACUCAACCCAAAAGGACACUAUAGCUCAGUUAUCUGCUUUAUUUGUCCCUCUGGUUAAUACGGACAAAGCUUCUGAUACUAGGGCAAAACCCAGCAGGCCUUCCAGAAAAUCCAAGUCUACUAAUGUUCGAUUGAGGAGUAGAGGAAAAUCCAAAAUUUCUUGCAGUGUCAACUCAAAGGAUGAAAUAGGUGGUGACAUUCAAGCUGGUCCUGUUAACGAUAUUCAUGCAAAGGAAGUUCAAACCACUAGACAUAUUCAAAGCAAUCUGGACGUUGGAAGCUUGGAUGAUCCACCAAUAGUGAAGAAACUACCCUCCCUGACUAAUAAUAUGGUAUUGCAGAGAUGUGGGAACACCCCUAGUAAAAUUCAGUGUGCUUUUUGUCUUUCAUCAGAAGACACUGAGGCUUCUGGAGAAAUGGUUCACUAUUACAAGGGCAAACCCGUUGCUGCAGACUAUAAUGGGCAAUCGAAGGUUAUUCAUUCACACAAGAAUUGCACUGAAUGGGCACCCAAUGUGUACUUUGAAGAAGAUGUUGCCAUGAAUCUUGAAGCUGAAUUAGCUAGAAGUCGAAGAAUCAAAUGUAGUUGCUGUGGACUUAAAGGUGCUGCCCUUGGAUGUUAUGAUAAGAGUUGCCGGAAGAGUUUUCAUAUUCCUUGUGCCAAGUUGACGCCUCAAUGUAGAUGGGAUACAGAAAACUUUCUCAUGUUAUGCCCCCUUCAUUCCUCUUCGAAGCUUCCUAAUGAAUGUUCUGAAUCCCAACCAAGAAAGAGAAAAUGCAACUUAAAAAGGUCACCUUCUGUUCAAGAAAAUAGUGUUGCUGUUAAGCAUGAUCUUGUAACCUCCCCUAAUUGGAGUUCUCGUGGAUCCUUUAGGAAAUUAGUUCUCUGUUGUUCAGCUCUCACAAAUUCAGAGCAGGAAAUAGUUUCUGAAUUUGAGAGAAUUUCUGGAGUUACAGUGUCCAAGAAGUGGGAAUCAAAUGUCACUCAUGUUAUUGCAUCAACAGAUGAAAGUGGAGCAUGCAAAAGAACCCUCAAAGUUUUAAUGGGGAUCUUGGAUGGGAAGUGGAUAUUAAGCAUGAAAUGGAUCAAUGCUUGCAUGGAAGCAACGAAACUAGUUGAUGAGGAGUGUUUUGAAAUUACUGUUGACACUCAUGGAAUCAGGGAUGGCCCCCGACUAGGAAGACUCCGGGUCCAAAACAAGCAAUCAAAGCUAUUUGAUGGGUUUAAGUUCUACUUUAUGGGAGAAUUUUUACCUUCAUACAAGGGCUAUCUACAAGACCUCAUUACUGCUGCUGGAGGAACUGUUCUGCAUAGAAAGCCUGUUUCGGGUUAUGGGAAAGGCUUGCCAUCCGGUUCUACCACUACCGAGACUUUUGUUAUUUACAGCCUUGAGCUAUCUGAUCAAUCUGACCCCACCAAGAGGAUUUUGAUAGUCAACCGUAAGCGGUCUGAUGCAGAGGCUCUAGCAAGUUCAUCUGGUGCCAAAGUAGUAAGCAAUUCAUGGGUUUUGAACUCCAUUGCUGCCAGCAAGUUACAAAGUCUUGCUGAAUAACUAUGCACGUUAUAUAUACAUAACUUUGUACACGAUU